CCAGACUUCUCAUCAAACCCAAACUUCUCCAAGUUGCAACGCUUGGGGGCCUUCGCCAUGGCACUGUUUCGGCUGCACCGUGCGUUGCCCACGCCCACGCCGGUGUCGACGGCGCAGCGCCACGCAGACCACGGAGAUCGGUGGCCGCGGCCAACACGGCCGCGACCAUUUCUGGGCGAGGCCGCAGCCGCUUGCGCCGCCUGUGCCGCUUGCGCCGCUUGCGCUGGCGGCAGAGUCCGCGUGGCGGUGCCACGGGGGUUGGCGAGGAGACAUGCGGCAGAGCGGACAGGAACAGAGAAGGUCAGCGUGAAGGAGGUGCUGACUUUCGUUUGGCCGGUGAUGCUGACCUUCUUAGCCUCUACGCUCCAAGGCUUGAUCGACAGCGCCUUCGUGGGCCGUUGCGGCGGCUCGGUGCAGCUGGCCGCCCUGGCGCCGGGCACCAGCUUUCUGGAUAGCCUCUCCUACUUGCAAUCCUUUAUCUCCAUCGGCACUUUGAACGUCUUGGUCACCGCCCACGGCCAACAGCAACGCCAGAAGCUGCUCUCACGCUCCGUGCUCAUCGCCUGGUGCGUAGGCACCAUGACAGCGGUUCCCUGCAUGCUCAUGGCGCCACUGCUCGUGGAGCUUUGCGGUGCCCGUGGUCCGGUGGUGCCCUUUGCUGCGAGCUAUGUGAAGAUCCGUGCCCUGGGUUUGCCCUUGGACGCCUUGUUCCGUGUGGCCAAUGCCGGGCUCUUGUCGAUCCGCGACUCGCGCACCGGACUGCUGGUGGUCUUCCUCCAGUCAGUGCUGAACGGUUUGGGUGACGCCAUGGUCUGUCCCCGCCUGGGCAUCGCUGGCGCGGCCAUCACCACGCUGCUGGCGCAGGCGGUGACCACACUGGCCAUGGUCGUGGCGGUGCGACGGAAGGGCUUGGUGAAGAAUUUCACGGUGCCCUCCUUCAAGGAGUCCCUCGACUUCUUGAUCUUUGCCUUGCCGGUGUGUCUCACGCUGGCUCUAAAGGUGGCUUCAGUGCAGUUCCUGAGCAUCGCAGCCUCCGCCAAGGGUGUGGUGGCUGCAGCAGCGCAUCAGAUCACGAAGUCCCUCUUCUGGGUCUUCGGGCUCUUGGCCUCCGAGUCUUUAUCCUCCACUGCGCAGGCCUUCUUGCCCAGUUUCAUGCAAGAGAAGGACCACAGCGGAGCAGACCAGACGCUUCGACUGCUCCUGAAACUGGCCGGUUUGGGCGCCAUUGGCACCGUGUCCUUGCUUUGUGUGAUGACCUCUCGGGGAGGUCUGCGGCUUUUCUGCGAAGAUGACGCGGUCUUGUCUGCGGUGCCCAUCGUCUCCUUGACAUGCGGAAUCCUGAUGACUCCCUUCACCUUUUGCAUGGAGGGCGCCCACAUUGCCGCACAACGACAACGCUGGCUUUCGAGACGUUUGUUUCUCUUGACCUCCUUGGUGGGCUUGACCUUUCACGUGCUUCCCAGCAGUGCCGAGCUACCGCAAAUCUGGGCAGUCUUCGUGGUGUACCUGCUGGCGCGUGGCGUGUGGUAUGCCUGGGGCUUGUGGGGCCCUUCCGGAGUUCUACGAUGACGUCCGUUCUCCGCCCAGCGCAGUGCCUUUCCGCGUCACGCCACCGAUGGACGGCACGCGGUGCGAAGGAGAAAAAGGUUGGUGCGAAGGAUUUCCGCGUUUUGAAGUCGACGGGACGAUGCAAACGCCUUUUGUGGCAAACUGAAGGG